AUGUUUGAAUGUGCUCGCCAAUGGCUUCGGGAUGUGAUUCCUCCGGCCGUCUUGUAUUACGUUCGAUCGUUUCCUUCUUUUCUUCUUCCUUGCCGUAUUGACACUCCUCGUCCAUCUCAAAAUGCAUGCACUUUCUCCCGUCCUAUCCUUUGUAUUUGCGGACCAAAAUUGUGUUUGGAGGUCGCCUGUGAAGUUGGGUGGACGUCGGACGUGCCGUUUGUGAGAUGGUCGAGUGUGGUCGCUUGGUUCGUCGAUAUUGGCCGAGAGAGUGGUUGGCGUCGCCUAGGCUCGCAUGUUUUCCUUGGGUCUCCUCCUUUGGCCGGUCGUGGCUUUUGUUGUUCGCCUUGUUGGUUUGAUGUUCUGAACCGGUUCUCCUGUCAUAUUGUCUUUUGGAGCAUUCUGGAGCAUAUGGGACACAAGGAGCAUGGAGGGACUUGGCACAUGGAAGCAGCUCAACUGGAUACACAAAGGAAGAAGGGAGAAGCCAUCUUGAAGACCAGCUCGACCGUCCACUCGACCAACCGGUCGAGUUCCUCAACUCGACCGGCCAAGCUUCAACUCGAUCGAGCUGGGGAGUCAAAGUCAAACCCGAAAAAUGUUGCUUCCCCCUUGACUUCCCUUUGA